AUGCCGACAAAGAUGAAAGAUCCGAAGAGCUUUAACAUUUCUUGUGUGAUAGGAAAUGAUAAGCAAACUAAAGCCUUGUGUGACUUGGGGGCAAGCAUAAAUCUCAUGCCCUUAAGCUUCUUCCGGAAGUUGAAGUUUAGUGUCUUGAAGCCAACCACCAUUACCCUUCAAAUGGCGGACAAAUCCAUCAAGUUCCCCAAUGGAGUCCUUGAGAAUGUCUUAGUGAGGGUGAAUGAUUUCAUCUUCCCCGUGGACUUUGUUGUUUUGGACAUGAAGGAAGAUCCAAAUGUCCGUCUCAUCCUUGGAAGGUCAUUCCUUGCAACCGGGAAAGCUCUAAUUGAUGUCACUAAGGGAGAACUCACCCUUAGGAAUGGAAACAAGACGACUAUCCUCUCUAUGUUGGACAAGAUGAAACGUCAUGAGGUGGAAGAGUCUAAGAGAGUGGAAGAGAUGCUCUUGAAAGUUGAAGAUUGCAAGAUGAUACAAGUGGCACAUGAGAAAGCUAAAGAUGAUGAGGUUGAUAAGCCUUUGGAGGAGAUAUCUAUCCCCAAAUAG